GGAUCUGGGCCAGGAUCGGGAUCGGGACCAGGACAUGGAUCGGGACCGGGACACGGAUCGGGACCAGGACCGGGACCGGGCCCGGGAGCCGCAGCCGUGCCCCGGCCCGGAGCGCCCCCGAGCCCCCCCCGGGCCGCCCCCCGGCCCCACCCGCUGGGGCAUCUGCUCGGCCGGGGCCAUCAGCCACGACUUCGUGCUGGCCCUGCAGACCCUGCCGCGCUCCGAGCACACGGUGGGACCCCCGGGACCCCCGGGACCCCCGGGACCCCCCCGGGACCCCCCAAAUCCCGGGGAGCCCCAAAACCCCCGGGAUCCCCCCCAAAAAUCCCCGGGGCCAUCAGCCACGACUUCGUGCUGGCCCUGCAGACCCUGCCCCGCUCCGAGCACACGGUGGCCGCGGUGGCCGCCCGGGACCUGGGCCGCGCCCGGGCCUUCGCGCGGCGCCUCGGGGUGCCCCGGGCGUUCGGAUCCUACGAGGAGCUGGCCCGGGACCCCGGCGUGGACGUGGUGUACGUGGGGACGGUGAACCCCGCUCACCUGCCCGCGGGGCUGCUCUUCCUGCGCCACGGCCGCCCGGUGCUGAUGGAGAAGCCGAUGGCGCUCGGGGCCCGCGAGGUCGCGCAGCUCGUGGGGACAGCGCGGGACAAGGGCGUGUUCCUGAUGGAGGGGUUCUGGACCCGCUUCUUCCCCGCCUGGCGCCGCCUGCGCUCGCUGGCGGCCGGGGGGGCUCUGGGGACCCCCCUGGUGCUGCGGGGGGAGCUCGGCUUCUGCCUGGGGGGGGUCCCGCGGCUGCGCGAGCCCGGCCUGGGCGGGGGGGUCCUGCUGGACCUGGGGGGCUACGGGCUGCAGAUGGCGCUGGCCCUGCUGGGGGGGGGGCGGCCCCCCGGCCUGCUGCGGGCCCACGGCGUGCUGCACCCCAGCGGCGUGGACGAGUCGGUGUCGCUGUCGCUCUCCUUCCCCGGGGGCAGCCUGGCCUCGCUCGUCUUCUCCAUGGCCGCGGAGCUGCCGGGGGCGGCGGCGCUGGGGGGGCCGCGCGGCUGGGCCCAGCUGCCCAGCCACAUGAACUGCCCCACGGAGCUGCUCUGGGGGGGGCGCCGGGAGCGGUUCCCGCUGCCCCCCCCGGCCGAGCCCCUCAACUUCCCCCACAGCACCGGGCUGCGCUACGAGGCCCAGCACGUGCGGGAGUGCCUGCUGCGGGGGCUGACCGAGAGCCCCGAGAUGCCGCUGGCCGAGAGCGAGGUCAUCGCGCGGCUGCUGGACGAGGCCCGGGCCCAGGUGGGGGCCCAGAUGGCCGGAGUGACCUCUGACCCCCAAGUGACCGCUGGAGUGACCUCUGACCCCCAAGUGACCGCUGGAGUGACCGCUGGAGUGACCUCUGACCCCCAAGUGACCGCUGGAGUGACCGCUGGAGUGACCUCUGACCCCCAAGUGACCGCUGGAGUGACCUCUGACCCCCAAGUGACCGCUGGAGUGACCCCGGAGUGACCUCUGACCCUCCUGAGUGACCGCUGACCCUCUGAAGUGACCUCUGACCCCCAAGUGACUGCUGGAGUGACCUCUGACCCCCAAGUGACCGCUGGAGUGACCUCUGACCCCCAAGUGACCACUGGAAUGAUCUCUGACCCUCCCGAGUGACCGCUGGAGUGACCUCUGACCCUCCCGAGUGACCGCUGGAGUGACCUCUGACCCUCCUGAGUGACCUCUGACCCCCAAGUGACCCCGGAGUGACCAGGGCCGCUCUGGUGCUGCCCAGGCGUGGCUCAGUAAAAGCUCAGAAACCUCCCCAAAA